AUGGCCAGUGAGAGGGUACAUGCUGCUUUACCUGACCCUCCCAGUCAAAGUGAAGAGGAGAACAAAGAAGAAGAAAAAGCUUUUGGGAAUAUCUUUGCUGAGAUAGAAUUUGUGGACCUGCCUCUAGGAACCACCUUAAGGUCUAUUUAUGAUGACCAGCCCAACGCCCACAAGCGCUUCAUGGAAAAGCUGGACGCCAGGAUAAGGAACCAUGACCGUGAGAUUGAGAAGAUGUGCAAUUUCCACCACCAAGGCUUUGUGGACGCCAUCACAGAGCUCCUCAAAGUCCGCGCUGAUGCUGAGAAACUGAUGGGUCAAGUGACGGACACUAAUCGAAGACUACAAGAGGCUGGGAGGGAGGUAACGGCUCAGACAGAGGAGGUGAUUCGCUGUCGGAUCCAGCAAAUGAACAUGGCCACCACUGUGGAGAAGCUGCAGCUCUGUAUACCAGUGCUAGAAAUGUACAGCAAGCUAAAGGAGCAGCUGGAGUCCAAAAGAUACUAUGCUGCGUUGAAAACCAUGGAGCAGCUGGAGAAGUUCUUCAUUCCCAGGGUAAGUCAGUACAGGUUCUGUCAGAUCAUGGCUGAAAACCUGCCCAGACUAAGAGAGGAGAUCAAGGAGAUCUCCAUGUCAGACCUCAAGGACUUCCUGGAGAGCAUCAGAAAGCACUCCGAUAAGGUUGGAGAGACCGCCAUGAGACAGGCACAGCAGCACAGGACCUUUAAUAGUGCAGUAGCCAAGCAAGCCAGUAUGGGCCACUACACCAAGCCUUUGUACUCCCUCAACGGACGAACUCAGACUCACAACGGCCUGAUGAUGGAUGAAGACACAGGAGAUGAGGAUGAAGCCGAUGAAGAGAUUCUUACAGCUCAGGACCUAGUGGACUUCUCGCCUGUCUACAGAUGUUUACACAUUUACACUGUGCUGGGUGACCGAGAAACAUUUGAGAACUACUACAGGAAACAGAGGAAAAAACAGGCCCGGCUGGUCCUGCAGCCACAGGCGAACAUGCAUGAGACAGUGGAAGGCUACAGAAGAUACUUCAAUCAGAUUGUGGGGUUCUUUGUUGUGGAAGACCAUAUCCUUCACGCCACGCAGGGACUGGUGACCAGAGCUUUCACUGACGAACUGUGGAACAUGGCCCUGUCCAAGAUCAUCGCUGUGCUCCGCACACACUCUUCGUACUGUGAUGACCCAGACCUGGUCCUGGAGCUGAAGAACCUCAUAGUCAUCUUUGCUGACACACUUCAGGGUUAUGGUUUCCCAGUGAACCGGCUGUUUGACCUGCUGUUUGAGGUCAGAGACCAGUACAAUGAAACUCUGCUGAAGAAGUGGGCACUGGUUUUCAGGGAGAUCUUUGAGUUGGACAACUACAGUCCCAUCCCUGUGGAUACAGAGGAGGAGUAUAAACUGGUAGUCAGCCGCUUUCCCUUCCACGAUGCUGAGAUAGAGAAGCAGCAGGACUUUCCAAAGAAGCUGCCAAUGUCCCAGUCUGUCCCUCAGAUCUACACACAGGUCAAAGAGUUAAUUUACGCCAGCCUCAAGUUCUCUGAGUCACUACACCGGAGUUCAACAGAGAUCGAUGACAUGUUGCGAAAAUCAACCAACCUGCUGCUGACGAGAACACUCAGCAGCUGUCUGCAAAACCUCAUCAAGAAACCUCACAUAGGAUUGACUGAGCUGGUGCAGAUCAUCAUCAACACCACCCACCUGGAGCAGGCCUGCAAGUAUCUGGAGGAGUUUAUAACAAACAUCACCAAUGUCUCCCCUGAAACAGUUCACACCACAAGACUCUAUGGCUUGUCCACGUUUAAGGAUGCUCGUCACGCUGCAGAGGGAGAGAUUUAUACCAAACUCAACCAGAAGAUCGAUGAGUUCAUCCAGCUAGCAGACUAUGAAUGGGGUAUGGCUGAGUCGGACGGACGAGCCUCUGGAUACCUCAUGGACCUGAUCAACUUCCUGCGUUCCACUUUCCAGGUCUUCACACACCUCCCGAAUAACAACAAUGACCAUGCGUCGAUGUCGGGUAAAGUGGCCCAGACAGCUUGUAUGUCAGCCUGCAAGCAUCUGUCCACAUCACUGAUGCAGAUGCUGCUGGACACAGAACUCAAACAGAUCAGUAUGGGGGCCAUUCAGCAAUUUAACUUAGAUGUCAUUCAGUGUGAAUUGUUUGCCAGUUCAGAGCCAGUUCCUGGCUUUCAAGGAGACACACUCCAGCUGGCCUUCAUCGACCUACGGCAGCUCCUGGAUCUGUUUAUGGUGUGGGACUGGUCAACUUACCUGGCAGACUAUGGCCAACCAACCUCCAAAUACCUGCGAGUUAACCCAGCCACUGCCCUGGCUCUACUGGAGAAAGUCUACAGGGGGAUGAAGGACACCAGUAAGAAGAACAACAUCUUCUCUCAGUUCAGGAAGAACGACAGAGACAAACAGAAACUGAUAGAGACUGUUGUGAAACAGCUGAGGAGCCUGGUCAACGGCAUGUCCUCUUAAACACACACACACACACACACACACACACACACACACACACACACACACACACACACACACACACACACACACACACACACACACACACACAGAGUGACGUGUGCAUCACAAAGAGCUGUUAAGAAUGAAACGUGCAUGCAGUCACAUGCACACAAUGAACUGCCAAGACACUCACAGAUGAAGGAGAUUUUCGCACAUGUAAUGAAGUAAUAACACACAACAUGACAGUGACAGAAGAACCACACAAGGAACUUACGCACACACAAAAGGGAUAGAUGCUGCUUAUAUACACACACUUUAUAAAGGCACAGCAAUACACACACUGUACAAGGCAUGCAGUGAACAGACUUCCAGCAAAUACAACACACCCACACACACAACGUCAUAUCCUCUCCUUACUGUUAUAACUGUCUGAAUACUCCAUGUAAAUAACACACACACACGCACACGCAUACUAAACAGUUUACUGGACUCUGAACAGUAAAAUGUUUGUAAAGUAUUUUUAAUGGCUAUGAUAAGACAAACUAUGUUUUGUACCUUAAUGAGAGUUUAAUGAUUGUAGCUGCAGAGGUAGACUGGGACAGCAGAGGAAGUGACGCCCACAAGUACUGGGACAAUGAGGUCAAAAGGUUGACACUUUUCUCCACAAGUGAAGGAGAUAAAACAUUUCAGAAACCCAUGAUCUACAUUCAACACGGUAGCACACUCAGAAUCAGAUUAGAGCACUUUUGUUCUUCUUGGAUGAAGAUAGAAUAUAUUUUCUUGCAUUUCAAUCUGAAGAAUAACUAAAUAAUUGUCUGUGUAUUGGUAAUCUACUGAUCAAGUUAUUCAGUUAAAACAAAAAACUAUUUCUCGUGCCAGAUGAACAACUUGUAGAAUUAUUGAAGGUAUGAAUAGGAGGCUAUAGCUCAAUAUUGACCAAUCCAGCCAACAUCGCCGCUUUAACCAUUGUACAUCUGUUUAACAAGGGUCUCAUGUUAAAAGAUGAAGAAAAAAACAUAGAUUGUACAUUUACACACACACACACACACACACACACACACACACACACACACACAUAAGAAACCAGGUUACUCUGAAAAGUUAGCUUAUACUGUUAACUCUGUGCAGACAUACAGUAAAAUAAAUGUCGUUCUGUCUGGCUGAUGAUAUCAGGGUUCUCUUCUCCUCCACCCUAGUAUGGAAAUCCUACUUAAAUAUUUAAACUAUAUUUAAAUGAAAUUAAAGAAAACACAUUACUGUAACCCAGUUUCUUAAGUGCAUGCUGGCGUCGGAUCUGGGGUCCUAAUGAAGCUGCAUGUUAUAAUAAAUACUGUUAUUUCAGACUGUAAUCAAUACAUUUCAGUGACAUCAAAUGAUUCGGUAGCGGAGGCAAAGUAAAUAAGUCCAGUUCAUUGCACCAUUUCAUAUAAGGCUGCUGUGUCAGAAGAUAAAGUGGAGCACACUGAUGACAUGGUUACCAGUCAGCCAUGAGACACAUGGGUGCUAUAAACUCUUUUCCUUGGGUUAUCUGAUUUAACUUAUUGUCCUUAGAGCAUUCACAUACAUUUAUUUUAUAGUAUAGGAUAUUGAAUGUGAUUUUGACAUUUCAAAUGUUUCCGUUUCAAACCCACCUUCUGACAACAACUGGAUCAACCAAACCCAAAAAGUAGACUCAAGUUCAGCUCAUUGUCCCAAUACUUCAACUGUUGUUACUGUUGCGUGUGUGCAGAAACAAAGUGAUGCUGCUGAGCCCAUGGGUGGAUGAAGGAAUGGAUUAAUGGAUGAUGACGUCUUGAAAGGCUGAUGUUCAUGAAAAAAGGGAAGUUUUGUUGAAGUCUUUGGCUUUCCUUGCCGUUUGUCUUCAUUUCCGCCACAUUUAACAUGUAAUCCAACUCCCUGAGACAUUGCAGUACAGUGUGUGUGAACACGACACAUGGCAGACAGCGGUAAUGUGGGGAGGGGGAGUCUUGGACACCCAGAUUGUAUUUGGAAUAUUCACAUGAGAAAAAUGAGGGUGGAAAUUAGAAAUGUGUCUUUUUCUAAAUAUUUGGUCCAUCUUGUGCAAAUCUAUGCAGACACAGGCCGGUCAUUGCAGGUUGUUGUACUAUUAGAUUGUGCAGGUGGACACAUCUGGUUCUCGUCUGGGGAGGAUUUUGGCUGAGUGUUGUAGUGACCACAACAUGAAGCAAUCCUGAUGGAGGGUUUGCAUGAGGUGUCACCAUAAGAAACUGACAUCUGGUAUUAACAUGCAAUCGGUCUCUGGAUAUGUUUGGUGUAAAUGCAAAGCAAUAGGAAUGUAAUUGGAUCAGCCAGACAACCUCUGGAGGUGUAUUGUGGUCUGAUCUCAGCCAUGUGUAAACAUCUGGACAGUUUUGGAAGGAUUAGAAAAGAGAUGCCUAGCUUCUCUACUGGCAGCAGCACCUCAAUACCAUCAUGGGGAUUCUCUUAGCACUAUGCUGGUCUUUUCCUAAGUCCUUUUAAAUUCUACUUGACAUCUUUCCUUGACCAUAUCACAUUUGUGUGUGGUUAGGAAAAGACUUAGGACAUCAUUUUUUGUUUGACCGCAGCCCGGACCUGCCACUGACACAGACAGUGAGUGCACGCGAUGUUCUCUUCAUACUACAUUCGAUAUCUGCAUACGUGGACACGUACAAUCUACGCAAGUAUACAUGUUGGGCUGCUCCCACAUGUAUAGAUGACAAAAUGUAUGUGACGCGGACACUCGUGGGUAUGCAGGCAUUGUAAGUAUAAUUUGCACCUUAGAAAUGCACCCAGCCUACAGAUGUCUCCAUCUGUCAUGUGAUCCUAACCUUGUAUGUUAAAACGAUUCCUCAAGAGUCUUCCACAUUGCUUUAAUUUGUUCUGGUUGUGGACAUGUCUGCCAAUUCCACCUACCUAAUUUACAUAUUGAGAAGCGAUCACAGUGUGGAAGAAUCUAGAUGAGAACAUCUCUUAGCAGCAGGUGUAAAUGCACAGGUCCAUGAGCAGAUGCUAAUACCAGGUGGAGAUAGCUCUAAACUCCCCAGCACAUUUCAACAUCCACAGACUAGCUGGCACGUCGCACACAUCAUUGUGAAAUCUGAUGACCUUGUACAAGACUUACAGAUAGCUUAUUUUCCUCCCAGUAUCACAGCUGUUUGCAUUGAGAGCAGCAGUGGUGGUGGUGAGGCUGGUCAGGUGACAUCAGUGCCCUCUUCCUCCUCUGUAAAUCAGUUGUAGGGUUAAGGAUGUUAACUGCAGUUUUGUCUUACUACACACUCAAACUACUUGAUUCAUGCUUACAAGAAAACAAGGCCCACAUGGGAAAUAGUUAUGUUAUUGGUGAUUAUAUAUACAUAUAUAUAUUUAACAGUUCAAAAACGUACCUUCUAAAUUCUUUCUUUUUGUUCCUCAGGGUGAAAUAAAGCUUUAGAAUCUCAUAUCCCACAUAUAUUCACAAAGCACAGCAAUAAUGAAUUGGUUUCUUUACAGCCUUGCAGGCAGGUUGAUGCUCAUCUCAAACCCGCACAUGACUCCUGAUGACAAACAUUUUAUAAUGAGACUGUUUCUAUUCUGUUUAUGUUUUGGGUCUGCGCUCCACUUUCAGCAGGCAUUUUUGCACUGAAAUUGACUGAAGUUUUUUUCUUUUUAGAUUAAUUUUUUGCCUUUUUUAAAAGUUGCUUGUAAAUGCCAAUGUAUAUACUGCAUAUUUUGUAAAGAAAACAUAACAGCAGUUUGUCUGCGACAAACAGAAUUGGAGGUUGACACUGUGAUAUGCACCUCCAUCAACAACUAAAGUAAAUAUGUAAUUAAUAAGAGUUUGAAUUUGCAUUUGUUGCUUACUUGGUGAACACAGUUGAGUAGAGUGUGAGGAGCUUAGUGAUUUCUGUUGGUACCUUCUCUCCACAUUUGCCUGGUUAAGAUGUGAAAUAUAAAAUGCUCUAUUAUGUUCUAGCAUAGACCCUGUAUAAGGUUUCAGUAUGACGUAUUUAAAUACAGCUCCUAAAGAUUUCACCUAACUGCUCAUAGAUGUUAUCCAAAAUAAAGGAGAGUUCCAGCUUUCUCUGCACACUCCUCCUGGCUGGGUUUCAUCUCAUGUUUGCUCCUUCUCCUAGUUAGGAGGUGUGUACAGGACCAUGCAGUCAUGUCGAUUUUACCAUACAUUCUCAAAUAAAAGCAUUCAAACAAAUAAUAGCUGGUGAAAAAGGGGUUAUAGCUUUGUCUCCCAAAGUAUAAUGUACAUUUCCAUAUUACUUAUUCAAUUAGUACUGCAACCGUCCUUUCAUACUCGCCAUUCUGCUGCUCACGUUCUCUUUUUACAGCAAAUAUUGUUUAUAUUUACCAUUAUAAUGAAUCAUAUACACCAUUAUAUAUUUAUUAUAUAUAUUAUAUAUAUAUAUAUAUAUAUAUAUUUAUUUUAAAUAUAUAUAUAUAAAUAUAAAUUAUAAUGCUGUAGUUACUAUGAGCGGAUAGAAGAUUUGAUAUUUUGGCACAAAUCAAGGUUUUACAUAACACUGCUUGAAUGCAAAUUAUUAUUUCAAUAGGAAUAAAAAAUGUCAGAUUUUUCUUUCCUUCCACAGAAGUGGAGAGAGGGUACAUUUUCAUAUCCAAAGGGAUCCUCGCUUUACUUUUGCUCAAUGUUCUCAGUAAGACAUCCUGGCUGAGAUGUUGUUUUCCUUAAUGUGUUGUUUUGAUUUUGUGUGCUGUAAUAAAAGGUUAUUCAACAGUAA